GCCAAAGGGCUGGACAGCCCCCCCAGACCUGUGAGUAACAUGAAUGAGGCCAUGGUGACCCACGUGUCCUCUGGAGCACCCACCCCAACCAAAAGGUGCGGCCCCGGCCCCUCCCGGGAGGAGGAGCACGCCCGGAUCCGAUCGCUGGUGCUGCGGCUGCGGAGCGGGGCCGGUGCCCUGGACAGCCCGGGCCGGCUGGACGAGGAGCACCGGCUGAUCGCUCGCUACGCUGCACGCCUGGCUGCCGAGGCUGGCAGUGCUCCCCGCCCCCCGGCUGACCUGGGCUUCAGUUUUGAUGCCAACAAGCAGCAGAGGCAGCUGAUAGCAGAGCUGGAGAACAAGAACAGGUACAGCCCUGGGCUGCUCACCCCCU